AUGGCCUCACUAUCAAACCCGAAGCCACCCGGUAUUCGUCCGCCGAAAUCAUUGAAAUUGCCGAAGAUCGUUGAUGAGGAAAGCGAUGAAGAGAAUGAAGAAGCCGACGAGGAACAAACCGAAGUAGAACCAAAGCCAAUCAUUCGAGUGGCUUUCUCAAGACGUCAUCGUAACCGGAUAAUGGGAUUCUCGCGACGAAAAUUUGACUAA